GCAAUAAAAAAAAACGGAUAACGGUAAUGGCUCCUUCCUGGUAAGGAGCGAAACAGAGUAACCAUUGGAGUGGAUAAGAUGUGAAGAUUCAAAACAAACCGAUUCAAAUGCUCCACUCACUGAUUCAACUAGUUCCUCCGAUGCAACUCCUCAAUCUCAGACCUCCGUUUCAUCUCUUCCCCAGAGCCCUCAAACCCGCCGCCACCGCCACUGUUUCACUCUCAGACUCGCCUGAGUCGCGUGCCAACCACCACCAACUCGGCCUCUCUCAGACCCUCCAAUCCGAAACCCUAGAGCUUCUCGAAUGGGGCUCGCUCUGCAAGCAGCUCUCGGUAUUCACGUCGACCUCCAUGGGCUUCUCAACCGCCCAGAGCGCUGCCAUUCCCUUCGGCUGUUCUCGGGAGGAGAGCCAGAAGCUUCUGGACCAAACGGUGGCCGCCACUGCCGUCGUGGAGGCGAUGGGUUCUCGACCGUCUGAUUUCUCGGCGAUCGAGGACGUGUCUGAGGUUUUGAAUUCCGCAGCUUCCGGUGAAUUGCUUACGAUUAAGGAGCUUUGUGCGGUUAGUAGGACGCUUAUGGCAGCCAGGGCUUUGUAUGAGAAAUUGAACGAAUUGGCUUCAAGCGAUGACUGCAAGGAUAGGUACUUGCCUCUUCUUGAACUACUCCAGAAUUGCAAUUUACAUGUAGAGCUGGUGCGAAAGUUAGGAUUUUGUAUAGACAGCAAUCUUUCAAUCAUCAUCGAUAGAGCUAGUGAUGAUUUGGAGAUUAUUAGAUCAGAAAGAAAGAGAAACAUGGAAAAGCUAGAAGCUUUGUUAAAGAAAGUGUCAUCUAAGAUUUUUCAGGCUGGUGGCAUUGACCGACCUUUGGUUACCAAACGACGGAGUAGGAUGUGUGUUGGUGUUAGGGCUUCCCAUAGGAAUUUGGUUCCAGAUGCUGUAGUUCUAGAUGCUAGUAGUUCUGGUGCAACAUAUUUUGUGGAACCCGGGGAGAUAGUAGACUUGAAUAACAUGGAGGUGAGGCUUUCAAGUGCCGAGAAAGCUGAGGAGAUAGCCAUCUUGAGCAUGCUAACAUCCGAAAUAUCAAACUCUAAAAGAGCGAUAGAGUAUCUUUUAGAUAAAGUUUUAGAAGUUGAUCUUGCUUUUGCUAGAGCCGGUCAUGCUCUGUGGAUGAACGGGGUAUGCCCAACUUUUUCAGAAUUUAGUAAGGACAUAGAUUCUGGCAGUAUAGAUGAUUCUGUUUCUGUGGAUAUUGAUAAAAUACAACAUCCAUUGCUCCUUGAGUCCUCUCUUAGGAGUUUGUCUGAUAUUUUUGCAUCCAAUUCCAAUGAUGCAGCUUGGUUUAGUGAGGGAAAUACUACGAGGACUCAAAGUUCUUUAGAUAUUGUAUCUGAGUAUCCUGUGCCAAUAGACAUCAAAGUCGGAUGUGGCACUAGAGUGGUUGUGAUCUCAGGACCAAAUACUGGAGGUAAAACUGCUUCAAUGAAGACUUUGGGUUUGGCAUCUCUUAUGUCAAAAGCUGGAAUGUUUCUUCCAGCUAAAAACCAUCCGAAGCUUCCGUGGUUUAAUCUUGUUCUAGCAGAUAUUGGAGAUCACCAGUCUCUGGAACAAAAUCUCUCAACUUUUAGUGGACACAUAUCACAAAUCCGUAAUAUCUUGGAUGUGACCUCUGAAGAAUCACUUGUUCUCAUGGAUGAAAUUGGAGGUGGAACUGAUCCUUCAGAAGGUUUGGCUCUUUCUGCCAGCAUCUUGCGGUAUCUCAUAGAUCGUGUUAAAUUAGCUGUGGUGACUACCCAUUUUGCGGAUUUAAGCCGUCUAAAAGAAAAGGAUCACAGGUUUGAGAAUGCAGCCAUGGAAUUUUCCCUAGAAACAUUACGACCAACUUAUCAGAUCCUCUGGGGAAGUAGUGGUGAUUCAAAUUCAUUAAAUAUUGCUAAAACUAUUGGUUUUGAUCAAAAUAUCAUUGAAAAUGCUCAUAAAUGGAUGGAGAAGUUAGUUCCGGAGCAGCAGCAGAAGCGGAAAGGAUUGCUGUAUCAAUCAUUGAUUGAAGAAAGGGACAGACUGGAAGCUCAGGCUAAAAGAGCUGCAUCUCUACAUUCGAAAGUCAUGCAAAUUUAUAGUGAGAUCCAAGAUGAGACUGAGGAUCUUGAUAGGCGGGAAACAGCUUUGAUGGUAAAGGAAACCUUACAGGUUCAGAAAGAGGUUGAAACUGCAAAAUCUCAAAUGGAAACUGUACUGCAGGAGUUUGAAGAUCAACUCAGAACAGCCAGCCCUGACCAAUUCAAUCAUCUGAUCAAGAAAUCAGAAUCUGCCAUUUCAUCUAUCCUUCAAGUUCGCUGUCCUAGUUAUGGCUCUGCCGAGGAUAAAGAAAAUACCAAUUUAUAUACACCAGAAGUUGGAGAGCAAGUUUAUUUGACGGGACUCAGGGAUAACAUAGGCACUGUAGUGGAAGCUCCAGCUGAUGAUGAAACAAUCCUAGUACAAUAUGGUAAAAUUAAGGUUCGGGUAAAGAAAAGGGACAUUAGAGCUAUAUCUAUUCAUAACAAGAAAGCCACUACCUGUUCCACCCCACGAGUAAAGAAGCAGCUUCAACAGAGCAGAGAAUUCCAGAGUCCAAGUGGGAACAGCAAAGAAGGAGAGGUUUCUUACAGUCCAGCAGUGCAGACGUCAAAGAACACAGUGGAUCUACGUGGCAUGCGGGUAGAGGAAGCUUCUUUCCAUUUGGAUAUGGAAAUUUCAGCUAGAGAGCCAGGUUCUGUUCUCUUUAUCAUACACGGUAUGGGCACUGGAGCUGUUAAGGACCUUGCCAUUGAGACGUUAAGAAACCAUCCCCGAGUUGUCGAUUAUGAACAGGAAAGCUCAAUGAACUAUGGCUGUACAAUUGCAUACAUCAAUUAAAAAGUUGUUUCUGUGAGUUUUGUCUUCAUACAAAUGAAAUCAAUACCCUUUCUCCAGGUCAUGGUUUUCUCUAUAUUAUGAAAAAUAGUUUGAUUUUUACUGAUUUGUUAGUUAUAAUGGUAAAUAACUUCAGUCUUUUUGUGAAGUAUUUAAAGAAAAAUUGAUUUUUUUUUUCC